CCGCUCUCCCCGAGCUCGCGCAGGGCGAUGGCUUGGGCCUCUGCAGUCCAGCUGGUCCCAUCGACCCUGCACCCAGUAGAUUCUCGGCUGUCGUUGAUGAGCGAUGAGCCGACGAAGUGAGAGUGGCUUACCUUCUUUCAUGCACUCGCCAGACGCACUUUGGGCUCCUCCGGUGCCCCAGGCUUCGGGCUAGGAAGCCCCACCUCGGAGCCUCAGCGCCCCGCUAGACAAAUGGCACAUGGUGGCGGGUCCGCGAAAAACCCAGUGCUGGGCGUCAGAACAAAACGGAAUAGAGCAGCCGGCACUGGGAGUUGUUAGAGGCAGAGAUCAGAUAAGGGUAGGCAGCGAAAUGCGCGAGGCUUCUUUCUUUGUAUCUCCUCCCGACUCUCCUGCCUCUGGCCUGCUUCCUUCCUGUAGGGAGUACCUGACCGGCUUCCACAAGCGCAAAGUGGAGCGGAAGAAAGCAGCUAUCGAGGAGAUUAAGCAGCGACUGAAAAAGGAGCAGAAGAAGCUCCGGGAGGAGCGCCACCAGGAAUACUUGAAGAUGCUGGCAGAGAGAGAGGAGGCGCUGGAGGAGGCAGAUGAGCUAGACCGGCUGGUGACGGCAAAGACAGAGUCUGUGCAGUAUGACCACCCCAACCACACAGUCACUGUGACCACUAUCAGUGACCUGGACCUCUCUGGAGCCCGACUGCUCGGAUUACCCCUGCCCGAGCCAGGAGUCGGGGAUGGGUCCAAGGAGGAGACGUCGUCUAUGGAGAAACCAACCAGAGCUUUACCCAGGAAGUCCAAAGACCCCCUGCUGUCUCAGCGGAUCUCCUCCCUCACAGCGUCGCUGCACGCCCACAGCCGGAAAAAGGUCAAGAGGAAACGUCCCCGACGAGCACAGGACUCCACCAAGAAGCCCCCGAGUGCCACUCGUACCAGCAAGACCCAGCGCCGCCGGCUGACAGGCAAGGCCCGGCACAGUGGAGAGUGACCCAAGGACACAGCGCCCCAGCCCGGGGUGCAGGGCCUUGUCCUGCCCCAGUACGGUCAUCCUGUAACCUGUAACCUGCGCACUGGGCAGUGAUUCCACAGCCAAGCUUGGGAACUGGGACUUCUCAGGUCUGGGACUGGCCUUGUCCUUAACUGAGGACACUCUGGGCCUUGAACCCCAGGAGCAGGCAGGGCCAGGCCGGGUGUCUUCCCAAAUGUACCCCUGCCUGGAGCUUAUCAGAUCUGUGAAACUCCA